CCGUCUAGGAAAUCCGAAUUGAAAGCGCAACAAAAACCAAAGCCGAGUUUUCACGCACACCAACCCGUUAAUGCUGCACAUAUGCAAAUGUGUUUGUGUGUUUGCCCAAGAGUGAAAUAUAUAUGUAGUUUUUUUUCUAAGCGAAAUCUUAUUGGAAUGGCAAACGGUAAAAGAUAACACAAGGAUAACUGUGCAAGUGUUAGUGCUGUGAAAGGAAAUAUUAUUUUAGUGCAGUGUUUUUUUUGCAUUUUAUUUUAUUUUGUGGCUGCAACGCCCACUGAAUUUGUCUCUCUCAAAUAUGAGAAGAAGAAACAGAGAAAGAAGUGGAAGGGGAGAAAAACACAAAAACUAACAACAACAACAAUUGUUAAAGGAAUCUCUCUCUUUGCCCAUGUCUGUGUAUGUGCUGAUCUCUGUGUGUGUGUGUGGCUGCUACGCUUUUGUUGUCGUUUUGAUAAAAACCGAAAAACGAGAAAGUCUCAAAGAAAAUUCAUUGCGUCUGCGCCUCCAAAAAAUAUUGCAAUAACAAGAAACAAGAAAAAUAAAUUUGGCCUUGGUUAAAAUGCAAAAAAAAAGAAACAAGCAAGUUUCGAGGCAGCAUCAAAACACGCACACAUACAAAUGCAAUUUGAAAGGGCAACUGCACAACAACAACAAGAGCAUCUGCAACUGGAAAAACAACAACAAAAACCACAACAACCACAAAAUAAUAUACAAGUGCAAGUGCAACCGGUUAUUUAACCGCUAAUUUUGAACUCGAAAUCCAAUUGGGAAUUUGUUUAAAUUAGGAACUGUUCUUUUCGAAUUCGAAAUCCAAUGAAAGUUUUUAAUAUAUAAAACUUUUGCUACAAAAAACUUCAAGAUUUCCGUCUUUUUUUUUAAUUAUUUUCAUUAAGCCCUCCAAGGGUUAAUUGUCUGGCAAUCGUCGAGCGCCAAUAAAGAUAAACCUUACACGAUAAAUAAUGUAAAUAUUCAAACUGGUAUAUAUCUGUUGUUUCAUGACGUCUUAUAACAGUAUAAUAUUUCAAACAUAAAAAUGUAACAGCGUGCAUCGUUGCUGAUAUCUUUUAAAAAAGAGGAAAAUAAAUCCAAUAUAUAAAUAUUAGCAUUAAUUUCAUGGAUACUCCCCAGCAUACUCCCCAGCAUUUCUCCAGUAUAUUCAAAGAAUGAAAGUUCUAAGCAUUCAAAUCUUUUCAAUAUAUUGAUCAUAAAGGGCAUGCUGAUUACUAGGUACUCGUAUAAUUAGAGUUACUGAUUUGUACUUCAAAGUCCAAACAGCCCUGAGUUUUUCACCGUAAGACAAAGGGCCCUGAAAGAACUCUCCUCAUUGAGGUGCUCUCGUUGCUGUUGUUAUGGCUCUUGGCUGUGCGGCUGCCCACACGCAAGGAUAAUCCAGAUUUCGAGUCUGAAACUGUGACGCACACAGAAUAAAAAUAAGAGGCAGAUACAGAUACAGAUACAAAUUCAGUGCAGACACGAAACUCAAACACACACACACACACACUCUUGCAGGCGGUGAAGGCGACAACGCACAACUGGUGCUCGUCGUUACAUAAAAGGCAACCUCGCCCUCUCUUCGUCAUCAUCUCGAAGAAUCAUCAUCAUCAUUAAUAUAGCAUCAUCGUCAACCGCAUCUUUGGAGUGAGGAACCAGUGAACGAAAGCCAGCGAACUAAAGGAGGAGCAGCAGCCAAAGGAGGAUCUCCGGGCACCAUGAGCGUCUUCGACGACUUCCAGCGCCUGUGGAUGCAGCGCUUUCCGCAGAGCUCACUAUCCGACGCCUGGGAACAGGAUGUGCGGGCCAGCCUCGAGCGGCACAAGCUGCGUAUCCUUGAGCUUAGCAAGGAGCUCGAACAGGAGACCCUCUAUGUGGAGUACCUGGAGCGUCUGCUGUCCGAUGUGGAAAAGUACCGCGCCUCAGGCGGGGAUCCAACGGCUCUCUUUGAGGCCGCCAGCGGCAGUAGCGGUAGCACCAACAAUGGCAACAGCAACACCACCAAUGGAACGCCGCCAGGAAGCACCACCAAUGUGGACAAAGAGUUUAAAUCCAGUUUAAAUCUGCGCGAGACGUCCACUUCACCGGGCGGCAAGGAAAAGGACCGUCUGUCGCUGAACACGGACAACAAGUACCCAGCACACACAAAUGCCGUGAGUAGUGGGAGUGGGAGUGGCACAGGCACAGGGCCGGCAAGCGGUCCACUCCACUCUGCACCGGCCACAGGGGCAAACAAGAGGAUAGCGGAGCUGAGUUUCGAGCGGGAGGACCGAGACAAGGACAGUGGCAACGAGAAGGACACCAAUGGAGCCCUACAGCAGUGCAUCACAGAACUGGCAGCCUCUAUAAAAGCGCAGCCAGAUAAUGGAGCGGUGAGCUCAGCAGCGGGAUCAGGAUCAGGCGGGGGCGAAGCCGACAAGGAUUCGUCCACAUCAACAUCCACGAAACAGCCGCUGCGCAAGUCCACAUCGCAAUAUGUCACCGUCAUCCAGGUCAAGGAGGCCAAAGACAAAGAAGUUGACGAUGGAGCAAUCUCGUCAUCGGGAGUCAAUGACACACAGCCACAGCAACCCACGCCGCCCUCCACAUUCGCUCGCUAUGCGGAAGCCACUGCUCCUCCGCUGUCGCCAUCGCUCACCUCGUACGCUGCCCAUGUGGAGGCCAAAAAGAAAAUGCCACCCAGACCUCCACCAAAGAACAUUCGGCGCGUGGAGCCGCCAACCAUUCCCAGCCAGCAGCUGUCGUCCUCGCCCAAAAGAGACACUCCAUUCGUGGGCAGCACGAUGCCCCUGCCAAGCAGUUCCGGCGGCAGCCUAUCUUCCGACAGUCCGGGCAAUUCGCUGGAGCGAAAUAUCAAGCCCUCGGACAUAUUGCGCCAAAAGUCAUCUGAGAACCUAGACUCCAAGUAUGCGGCGAAUCGGAAAACCACACCGGAGCUGGGAAAAUUUGUGAAUGUAAACAAUCCCGAACUGAUGGAGGAGCUCGGUCGCAAGAUGGUGGGCAAGACAGAUGGUCUGGAGCAGGCGAAGAGAAACGACUCGUCGCCCUCAGGCGGUGGCAGCUUAGGGCGCACUGCCUCCACACCCGGACGAUCAUUAACUCCAGGACGUACGGGUGUGGGUGCUUCGCCCACUGGAAGCCUAAACAAAACUGCAAAACUGGCAACGGCGGACAGCAGUUCCACUAGCAGUCUGGAGAAGAAGUCACGCACUUGCCUGCAGGCUAGCGAUGCGGAGGGAUCGGGAGGAUCAGGGACGAACCAGCGAAGUGUGGGCUCCAAGGAAUCGCUGGCUUCACAAGGCAUAUCAGAGGUGAUCAAGAGCUACGAGAGCGUAUCAUCACUGAGUUCGGAUAGCGCCAAGGCGGCAGCGGCUUCCCAGCAAGCGGCGACAGCCGGAGGAACUGCAGCGGAUAAUGAGCCUUACUAUGAUAGUGUGCCGCUGGACAACGGCGACGGGGAAUACGUGUUCAUCAAGCCCGGACGCACCGGUUCCUCCUCCAGCCGCGAUGACUUGUCGACGCCCGGCAGCAGCACUUUGCCCUUGGCCAAUGUGGCGGAUCCCGAAUCUCCAGGCAGGACCUCCAACUACGUCAAUAUCGACUACUUUCUACAACAGAGCAAUGAGACGCGCUCAAGUUCGCUGGACAGCGACGGGGAGUACGAAGGCCCGCCCAUACUGCGCACAAUUUCGCACGACGAGCAGACCACGUCACAAACUACGCCGGGAGCACUUCGCAAGAACUUAGUUUCAGCGAUACUUGUCUGCGGAAACGCCCGAGGUGCCAAAAUACGAUCCAUACUCAGCUCAAUUAUUCAGAGCGAGACGAUCUACGUGGAGUGCCUCAAUAAAAUGAUGCAGUAUAAGAAGGCCAUCCACGCGACCCUGAAUACUUCGCAGCCUGUGAUCAAGGAGGAGGAGGAGAACACGAUCUUCUUUAAGAUCGACGAGCUUUAUGAUCUCCACACCGGCUUCCUGUCCGACCUGAAGACCAUUGUGUCCCACGAAGGUGGCGAUGUGCUGAUCGGCGAGCCAUUUCGUCGACUGGCGGAGACGUUCGACCUAUACAGCGCCUUUUUGCACAACUACAAGAACGCCAUUGAUACGGUGAAGAAGUGCAGUGCGAAUAAUCCACAGUUCAAGAAGAUCGUCUCGACAAUUGUGGUUAAUCUGCAAACGGAGCAAUCGCUAACGCUCGAGGAUCUGCUGCACAAACCAGUGGCGCGGGUGCAGAUCAAUGCGUUGGUCUUCAACGAUUUGCUGCGCGAAACGCCUAAUGCCCAUCCGGAUCACCAGCCGUUGCGACAGGCGCAGAAGAUCAUCCAGAUGUUCCUUAACCAGUUCAAUGUGGUUAGUCAGCGGCUGCCCAGCGAAUCUAAUCGGAAUUUGAGACGCAUGGUGCGCAAUUCGUUCAUCGUGGAGCUGGUCGAUGGGCAUCGCAAGCUGCGGCAUCUCUUCCUUUUCAAUGAUGUGAUUGCGUGCGCCAAGUACAAGGCGCUGGGGCGUGAUCGCAUCGACUAUGAGCUCAAGUGGUUCAUUCCGCUGAAGGACAUAUCCAUUUACGAGGAGGCUGAUCCUGCGGGAGAGCUCAAGGAAUCUAGUCCCGCGAACAUUUCGCAAGUGAAACGCAAUUUGCGCUCUGUUCGAGAUCAAUUAGCUAUGGAGGUGGCCAACAGUGGUGGCGGAGGAGUCCGUUCCGGGGACAAGUAUCGCCGCAAACUGGCCGAUCUGGAGUCACAGCUGGUGUUGGCCACGCCAAAUUUGGUGCUGCGAAUGGGCAACAAAGCUAAUAACAAGACCAUGACCUUCUUCCUCAGCUCAGAUUUUGAGCGGACGCAGUGGAUCGACUCGAUUACGUCGCUAAAGCAAAAGUGCAACCUGCCUGGAGCCAAUACUAUCAAUUCACUGGAGGUCACCGCCUUCAUUGUAGCCAUGCAGAAGGGCAUGAAGACUGAAAUGGGUUCGUAUUUGAUGCGCAACACCAACGACGAGAGCCUGCUGGUUGGAGACCUGCACAUGGGUGUCCAGGGAUUGAGCGGAUUGGAACAGGCGUCCGACUUGUACAUCUGCAUCGAGGUGGACUCCUACGGCCACUAUUUCCGCAAGGCCACCACCAAGAUGGUGUGUCGCAGCCAAACGCCGUUGUGGAACGAGAGCUUUAUGCUAGAACUGGAGGGCAGCCAAAAUGUCCGCAUUCUUCUUUAUGAGGCCAAGGAACGACCGCUCCUUAAAGCCAAGCACAUACUCAAGUUGAGCCUCAGUUGGCUUACGGAAACCACGCAGCCGCGAACAAUAAAGCUUAGUGAGACCUUGGAGCUCGGCUGUAACUUCCGGUUCGUUCCCGGAGAGCUCUGCCGCGCAACCACAAAGCCAGGAGCCCUAUUCGGUGCCAAAAUGAGUCAAGUAUUAAAACGCGAAAAACGCGACAUUCCGUUCAUCAUCAGUGCCUGCAUUCGGGAGGUGGAGCGACGGGGGAUGCUGGAGGUUGGUUGCUAUCGUGUCAGCGGUUCCGCCUCUGAUUUGGCCAAGCUCAAAAAGGCCUUUGAGUCGGAUUCUUACGAGGCAGAGCAGCUGUUACGCGAGGUCGACAUCCAUUCGGUCACUGGCAUUUUGAAGACUUUCUUAAGGGAGCUGCCCGAAGCCCUAUUUACAGAUCAACUGUAUCCAAGAUUCUUUGACACAUUCAGCGCCUUUAGCAACAACAACGAAACCACGCGAAUCAACGAGCUGCUCAAAGUUUUUGAGGAGCUACCGCAGGCCAACAAGGCCUCCAUCACCUCCAUUCUAGAUCAUCUAAUUAGGGUCCACGAAAAGGAGGCGGACAACAAGAUGUCGCUGCACAAUCUGGCCAUGGUUUUUGGGCCCACCUUGCUGAGGCCAGGACAAACGCAGGUGAAGCAGAAAGAUCCCCUGGCGGCUAGCACUGUUGACGUGAUGGCCCAGGCCGGAAUCCUCUACUGCUUCCUGCAGGCACGCAUCAAGAAGGAUUAGGACCCAGAAGGCCGCCUGCACAGAUAUACAUAUGGAAUAUAUAUAUAUAUUUAUAUAUAUAUACAUAAAUUAUAUAUUUUUUUUACUAAGCAAUAGCGGUAAUUCGAAAGAAAUUCGAUGGAUAGCCAACGCAUACACCACGCCCCCACAUGCCUGCACAAAUGAUACACAAAAACACCUUAAAGCUCCGAUAAAUGCCUGAAUAACACCUUGAAAAUGCUUGGAAUUCGCCUAAAAAAAAACACCUAAAACACUUCAAAACACCUGCGCUGCCAAUUGUAUAUACCAGAAACCGAAACUGAAACUAAAAAUCUGGCGAGGAAUACGGAAGCCCUAGGAUCUGUGAAAGGAUCCAGGGAUGUGAACAAAUCUGCUCAAUGGCGGGCUAACACACGCAUUACACACAUCAACAACACACACCUGGGAUGAUCAAGUGUCUAACACUAAAUAGCUGCUCCUCCGCUUACUAAAUAUUAUUCCCAUGUAUUACAGAUAUUUCCGUAGAUCUGUAGACUGUAUGUUUUACGUUUAGAUGCGACCUUUUGCUUACUGCAACUAUUGCAAAAGACAAAAGGAAAGCAGACAAUUGCAAAUAUUUUCAAUAUUACACGUAUAUAUCUAGAGACGUAUAUACCAACCUAUAUAUAAUUAAUUACUAUUACUAGUACUAUAAUUUACUAAAGUGAGGUAGCGAGUUUUUUUGGCUGAUCAAUGAUUGAUAUACGAUGUACGAUGUAUGUGUUUGCUUAUAAAAUUCUGUUUUUUUUUCGUCUUGUUUUAUAUUAAUUAUUUAGGUUUUAUAUAAACAGAAGCGUAAAAUAAAAUAUAUUCUAUUUAGAAAUUGCUAUCGAGA